GAGAUGAGCCUUUUCUGAAUCACAAAGUGAUCUCCAUCUUCAAAUCACAACUAGCUGAUUUGAAAUGAGUAGGAUGAGUAUGAGUUUGACCUUGUGACGUUGUCACAGAGGCCAUGAAUUCCAUGAACCCUCCCUCAGGGCAUGAAGGUUGAAAGGCAGGUGAUAUACAAGCAGGACCCCCAAUUUGUUCAUACAGUUCAGCUUCAAAUACAUGUACUUGUGUCUUGUUACCUGGUCACAACCAGUUAUCUUGAAAGGAACAUUAUCACCCCACCCCCUUUCCCCGGCCUUGAAUAAUGGCUGCUGAUGGAUCCCAAAAGGCAAAUCUUGGACAGAGCCACAUCUCUGUCUUGCCCAACCAGGUUUUACUGCAAUUUAUGCAGACAUGGACUGGCUAUUUCAGAAUGUUCCUGAGUAUUCUAUUCCUAUGACAUCACUUGUCGCCAAUAUCACAGCUAGAACUUGCUUCGGCCCAUUUAGGCCAAUCUGCAGCUGUUAAUUGCUCUUUUUCAAUGUUGAAUCGUAAUCAGCUGGUGCAGGCAGCACAACUAGCAGAACAAUGUGGCAGAUACAAGGACAUGGUCAGUGCUAUGAAGCAGCUUGUGAUGGAAGAAAAAGAGCCCUUAACCCACAAGGAAAAGACUCUGCUUGCUGAGGCCUAUAAGUUUCUAAUACAGAAGUGUUGCUGUUCUUGGCGAAGGCUGAAGCAUUCAGUGGAACAGGGAAUUGGAAAGCAGAAGGAACAAGCCCAAGCCUAUCGUGACUCUAUAAAGGAGGAGUUGGAAGCACAAUGCUGGGAGAUUCUUAGCCUAUUAGAUCAUGUACUACUAAAGUACUGUAAUGAGGCAGAUUAUGAAAGCCAAGCCUUUUACCUGAAGAUGAAAGGUGACAACUACCGUUACCUAGCUGAAGUAGCCCUUCCUGCUGCUAAGGAUACACUAGUAAAAUCUGCAGAGAAAGCCUAUGGAGAAGCUCAGGAAAUUACUCAGUGGUGCAUGGAACCUACUCAUCCCUUAGCUUUGGCUGUGGCUCUGAAUUUUGCAAUACUUUAUUAUGAGGUUCUCAAUAACCCUCAUCAGGCAACAAAACUAGCUAAAUCUGCCUUUGACAAGGCCAUUGAUGUCUUGGAGACUCUCAGUCUGGACUUCUAUAAGGAAUCCACAAUGAUCUUGCAAAACCUGAGAGAUAACAUUGUGCAGUGGACUGGUGUUCAAGAACAGGAGGAGAGGGAAGAGGGCUAA